AUGACAUCUGCGGUACAGUCUGCGCCAUCGGGAGAUGUGCUCGAUAGAGCGAUGAUUAAAGAUGUGGACCAGUGGAUCGAACAACUUUAUGAGUGCAAGCAACUUAGUGAAAAUCAAGUCAAAAUCCUUUGUGAGAAGGUGAGCAAUUCACUAGCAAAGUUUGUUCUUGAUGUUUGAAU